AUGGCUGGUCGAUUUGUCCGGGCGUCCAAGUACCGACACAUCUUUGGCAAGCCCACAAAGAAGGAGUUUUGCUACGAUAACCUGCGCAUCAGCCGAAAUGCCUGGGACACGAACUUGGUAAAGGCCAACGCCGAGUACCUGUCGGUCAAUUGGGAGUCUUCUGGAGGCGGCGCCUUUGCAGUAAUCCCGCUGAACGAGAAGGGCAAGGCUCCUGACCAGAUCCCUCUGUUUCGCGGCCACACUGCGACCGUGCUCGACACUGACUGGAACCCGUUCAACGAUCACAUCAUCGCCUCUGCCUCUGAAGACGGAAAGGUCUUUAUCUGGGAGGUCCCCAAGGACUUCUCGCUAUACACCGAUGCUGAGGUGAUCCCCGAUGUGUCACCAGUCAGCAAGCUUGGAGGUCACACGAGAAAAGUCGGACAGGUCCUGUUCAACCCCGCGGCCGAAAACAUCCUCGCUUCGGCCUCGGGCGACUUCACAAUCAAGCUCUGGGACGUUGGCACUGGCCAGAGCCACCUGACUCUCCAACACACCGACAUCGUGCAGAGCUUGUCAUGGAACGCGAGCGGUAACAUGCUUGUGACGACGUCGAGAGACAAGAAGAUUCGAGUGUGGGAUGUCCGUCAGGAGAAGCCUGUGCAUGAGGCGGCGGGCCACACUGGUGCCAAGAACAGCAGAGCAGUCUGGUUGGGCGAGCACAACCGAUUUGCCACGACUGGUUUCUCCAAGAUGAGCGAGCGACAAAUUGCUCUGUGGGAGCCCGGCCGCAGCGAUCCCAUUGGAGGUUUCACUCAUCUGGAUGCCAUCUCUGGUGUCUGCAUGCCAUUCUGGGACGAAGGUUCCAACUGCCUCUACCUUGCUGGCAAGGGUGACGGCAACAUCCGCUACUACGAGUACGAGAAUGACAAGUUUGAGUACCUGAGCGAGUACAAGUCCGCAGACCCCCAGCGAGGUAUCGCCUUUGUUCCGCGACGUGGUAUCAACGUUCACGAGAAUGAGGUCAUGCGCGCCUUCAAGACGGUAAACGACAACUACAUCGAGCCCAUCUCCUUCACCGUGCCCCGUAGAGCAGAGACCUUCCAGUCCGACAUUUUCCCUCCCGCCAUUGGAACUCGUCCUGCCAUGAGCGCCAAGGAGUGGCUCGAUGGCAAGACUGAUAUUCCGGCCAAGAUUGAUCUGGAGAGUAUCUACGAGGGAACUGCUCCUAAGGAGGUUGCCGCCAACUACCAGCCACCAGCCCCAGUUGCUGCUCCUGCCCCGGUUGCCGAGCCCAAGAAGGAGGAGCCCAAGGAGGAGCCCAAGCCGGCUUUCCGAGCUCCCGUCAGCGUCAGCGACCAGAAGAGCUCGAUUGCUGCUAUGGCCAACAAGUACCAAGACAACGAGGAGGAGGAUGCUCCUAAGAAGGAGGAGCCAUCAAGCUUUGACGAGGAAGUCAAGCCAGCUCAGCGAGCUCCUCUCCCCAUCCGAUCAGAAUCGAAGCCUGCCACUCCACCAGUCGCAAGCCCCGCCCCAGCUCCCAUCAAGGCAGCUUCCGCACCCGCUCCCGCCGCUGCUGGUUCCAGCGACGCCGCCACCUCCUUAUCCGAGAUUAAGGAGCUGAUUGAGAACCAGACGAAGAUAAUCAGUGCGCAGAACGACCAGAUUGGGCUGCUCACCUUGGAGGUUGAGUCCCUAAAGAAGCGUUUUGGAUCGGGAUCCCAGGACCAGAGCGAGCGAAUCAGACAGCUGGAGCUGGAGCUGGAAGAGGCUCGAUCCUAA